AUCGGCACCGUGGUUCAGGAAUCCGGGUAUCGUAGCAGCAUAGGCUUCCUGAUGUUUGCAAUUGUUGUCACACGCGCGGACAUUAUUUUCGCUACGAGCAUAUGUUUAGACCAGCCAACGAAUGCAAGAGAGGCCACCGCUAGGAACCUAUGUGGAAAAUUGGAGGCACUGAUUGCGGGAUAUUCUACGAGUCUGAUAACGAUCUAG